AGCCACCCUGCAUGCGUACGGCCAGUCCAUGCAGCAGAGGAUCAUCUAGCUAGCUAGCAAUGGGGACGACGGCCAGGAAGAUGAUUAGGAGCUGCAGCCAGUGGCGGCUCUUGAUAGCUGUGUCCAUCAUGGCGUCGGCGGUGAGCGGGAGGGACCUGAACCAGACGACGGCGACCGAUAAGGAGAUGAAGGUGCAGGGAGGAAUAUCAAGGCGGCCGCUGGUGACGGCGCUGAUCGUGUUCGGCGACUCCAUCGUGGACCCCGGCAACAACAACAACCUGCCGGACACGAGGAUGAAGGCCAACCACGCCCCCUACGGCAAGGACUUCACCAACCAUGUCGCCACCGGCCGCUUCUCCAACGCCCUCCUCCCCUCCGACAUCAUCGCCCAGAGGCUCAACCUGAAGCCGCUGCUCCAACCCUGGCUGAACGUGGAGCACACCCCGGAGGACCUCCUCACCGGCGUCAGCUUCGCCUCCGGCGCCACAGGCUUCGACCCCUUGACCCCGCAGCUCGUCCGCGUCUUCACCAUGGACCAAGAGCUCGAGUUCUUCGACGCCUACCGCCGCCAGCUGGUCUCCAUCGCCGGCGAGCCCGAAGCCUCCCGCAUCAUCUCCAACGCCUUCUUCUUCGUCUGCGCCGGCACCGACGACUUCGCCAACACCUACUUCAUGUCCCCCUACCGCGCCGGCGACUACGACAUCCCGUCCUACGUCUCCCUCCUCGUCUCCGGCGCCGAGUCCUUCCUCCGCAACGCCUCCGCCAGGGGCGCCAGGAAGAUGGCCUUCACGGGGAUGCCGCCCAUCGGCUGCGUCCCCUCGCAGCGCACCAUCGGCGGCGGGACGCGCCGCCGGUGCGAGGCAAGGAGGAACUACGCGGCGCUCAUGUACAAUAAAGCCUUGCAGGAGCUUAUCAACAAGCUUAAUGGGGAGCCUGGGUUUGGGACGCUGGUGGUCUACUUUGAUAUCUAUGAUAUCAUUGAAGAGCUUGCUGUUCAUGGAGAUCGGUACGGGUUCACGGAGAUGACCCAUGGCUGCUGCGGGUCCGGGCUGAUCGAGGUGACGAUGCUGUGUGACACGAGGUAUAUGGGCGUCUGUGAUGAUGUGGACAAGCAUGUGUUCUUUGAUAGCUAUCAUCCGACGCAGAGGGCCUAUGAGAUCAUCGUCGACCACAUGUUCAAGAACUACGUGCCACUCAUGCAUCUCUAGGCCACCUAAUACCGGUUUAUUAACUUGAUUAUGCAUAUGUAUGUGCAUGAGAGGUGGAUCUACAUCAGACCUUUUGAUUUUAAUUGUGUUCUGCUGUCGAUGCAUGCGAUGAUAUUUUCAGAUUUUGCGCAUCACACA